GACAGUAAAGCUGAGAAGAGAAGAGAAGAGAGAGAACAAAAUAUCUACACGAGCUACAACAACUAAACGUUCAUAGCUUUAAUAAUAAUAAUAAUAAUAAUAAUAAUAAUAAUAAAGUCCUUAAUUUCACAUGUAAGUAUUUUCAACAAAAUGAAAAGUCUUUACCUCUAAAUAAAAUUAUAUUAAAUAAAAAUGGCAGUAGUCUUUUCUCGUGUCCCCUGCUCUCUCUCUUCUCGAUGGUCCACUCUCUCAGUUGAAGAUCGUGAGUCAUGACACUUUGGUGAACACAAAGAAAAAACUCUCUCCACCAAACCAAAAACAAGGGCCGAAAAACUCUCUCCUUUGAUUUCAGUAUGACUAGCAUUUUUCGUAGACGGAAUAAUACCCAUCAAGAUCAGGAGAAUGAUCCAUCACAGCGCGAAAUAAAGCUUAAUGAGCUCAAGACUGCAAUUGGCCCACUUAGUGGACGCAGUUUACAAUACUGUACUGAUCCAUGCUUUAAGAGGUACUUGGAAGCUCGGAAUUGGAAUGUAGACAAAUCAAAGAAAAUGCUGGAAGAGUCACUUAAAUGGAGAUCAGUUUUUAAGCCUGAAGACAUCCGUUGGGAGGAUAUAGCAGUUGAAGGCGAGACUGGAAAAAUCUACCGGGCAAAUUUUCAUGAUCGGCAAGGAAGGAGUGUUCUAAUAUUAAGACCAGCAAAGCAGAACACUGCUUCACUAGACAAUCAGAUGCGACAUCUAGUGUAUCUGAUAGAGAAUGCUAUCCUGAACCUUCCAGAGGGUGAAGAACAGAUGGCAUGGUUGAUAGACUUCACUGGCUGGACAUUGAGUACAAGUGUGCCGAUCAAAUCAGCUCGUGAAACUGUAAAUAUUUUACAGAACCACUAUCCCGAGAGGCUAGCUGUGGCUUUUCUGUACAACCCCCCACGGAUUUUUGAAGCAUUCUGGAAGAUCGUCAAGUAUUUCUUGGACGCCAAGACCUUCCACAAGGUCAAGUUUGUUUACCCGAAGAACAAAGAUAGCGUGGAGCUUAUGAAGCAGUAUUUUGACGAGGAGAAUCUUCCGACGGACUUUGGUGGAAAAGCCGUUUUGAAUUAUGACUACGAAGAGUUCUCAAGAUUAAUGGCUCAAGAUGAUGCCAAGUAUGUUGCUUUACAUGGUUCCAAGGAGAAGCUCAGCCAGGCCACCAAUGGGCUCUCUGGGGCUGAAGUGGCUCCUGAACCAGCCAGUUGAGUCGGUCUGUAAUUUUGACCACGAUGAGGCUCCCUCCCUAAAACUCAUGGUUUGGUUGAGUUGAUGGCCUUAAUAACAAUCAGCUCAAUGAAACCAUAAAUAUAUUGUAAUGAUAAUUUAAAUUGAAGCUUAGCUGUUGGUAUGUAAGCGAGAUCAGGCUUGGAUUUUAAGGACGUUGGAACAUGUAUACUCUGCAAACCUUUCAACUCUAUUGUAUAUUGCUUCUCUUUUUCUCAGUUGUAGAAAACGGGAAGGUGGUGGUAACAUAUUUUAUAUACAUUUCUAAGUUUAGUAUUA